UCAUUCACAGUUAUGAUCGUCGUGUACUCUGUCCUGUGGAGCUGUCUCCAGGCUGGUCUGGCGCAUGCGCAGUACAUAGCAGUCGGUGGCUGUCCCAAUGUCACAGUCAAACAUCCCUUCAAUCUUGUGGAGUACAUGGGCACGUGGUACCAGAAGGAGACGUACGGUACGGAGUUGUUCCAAGGGACUGGGAAAUGUGUGACAGCGAUGUACUCCCUCAACCCCAACACUGGAGUUGUGGACGUGUUCAACUCCCAGGAACCUGUUAGCAGCUCCAGCACGGCGCGCAGCAUCAAUGGAACUGCGGUGCUGGAGGACUCGAACAAAAUGGAGGGCAAACUGCUUGUCACUUUCCCAAUUCCAAUUAUUCAAAGGAUUACAUCGAAAUACUGGGUGUUGGAUACUGAUUACUCCAACUGGGCAGUGGUGUGGUCUUGUUUCAGUUUAGGGUCCCUGGCACACUCAGAGUCGGCGUGGAUCUUGGUCCGUCAUAGGGAUGGUGCAAAGGAAGACAAUGAUAACAGAGAUCUGGAAAUUGAUUCCGUCCUUAAACGAGAAGGCAUUCCGAGAAGUCGGUUCAAAAAGACUGAUCAAGAGAACUGUUUAAUGCAAUGAUA